UUUCAAAAAGUAGAGAAGCUUACAUCAACUCUCAGUUUUCUUUUUCCAUUCUUCCUUCGCAUUUUCACAAUGGAAGCUUUUAACCUUCUCAAAUUCUGGCGAAAUUCCAGUCCUGAUACUUCUUCUUGCCGAGACAUUGUCUCUGAAUUUGAUGAUUUGGACUACGUACGUAACCCGGCCAUUGAAACUGAUGAAGAAACCGAUGACGACGAGGAUUCCUUCUUCGACAUGGUGUUUACCGGUCCUGAUGGACUCCCCAAAUUGGACAAAAAAUGUAACCCUGUUUCUGAACCUGAGUCUCCAAGAGAUGUGUUUUUUAAACCAAAACCUUUUGCAAUCGAUUCCAACCCAAAGCCUCAAUCUCCAAUUUCGAUUCUCAAAUCAGCACCUAAGUUUAGGGUCUUUUUCUUGAGCUUCAAGAAGUCCAAGACCGAGAAAAUGAGCAUUGACGAUUCUUCUAAGAUUCAAAACCAGAAACUUUCGCCAAAGGCAGAGAGCAAGCGCUUUCCAGUGAGCCCUGUAUUUACUAGGGACAACAGUUUAAGAAGCAAACUGCAAAACGAGAAGGAUGAAGAGUCUUCUUCCAUUGAUGAAUCGUUGAAGAAAUUUGUAAGAGCUGAUGUGCCCAAGUACUUAAAAUUAAUGAAACCAUUGUAUGCCAGAGCCUCAAAAAGGUACACUGAUAAAAUCAGUACUGCGUCACCAUUGUCUUCUCCGUCUACACAAUCAAUGUGUUCACCAAGAAAAGCAUCAGAGGAGAAACAGGGGAACCGAUUUGGACCUGUGCGUAAGCACUUAGGGAAAAGCAGGUCAUCAGUGUCUACAUUUGCUGGAGUUUCAUCAUCUCCGAUGAAUCGGAGAGACGAUUCACUGUUGCAGGAGCAAAGUGAUGGAAUCCAAGGUGCUAUUCUUCACUGCAAGAGAUCUUUCAGCUCAGAGACAAAAGAUCUGGGAAGAGCCUCUUCUGAGGAACUGAACAGAUGGAGUAUUUGAAUUAAGUAUUGUGGUCAAUUGAUUGUAUCAGUGGUAGAGUAGUGUUGAAAAAAAAAAGAGGAUCAGUAGGAGUAGUAGAGUAGGAUAUAUUAGAGGAGUGGCUCUGUGACGUCACUUGAGAAAACGUCCGUCCAGCAAUGAAUAGUGUUUUGGUUUGUGCAAGUAAAUUAAAGUGACUGUAAAAGUAGUAUCUCUCUCAAUGGGAAUCAGGAGAUAUGAUUAUGUAAAGAUCUUCAAGUGUGCUUGUACUUCUGUAUUAAAAUUUCAGUUUGGUCAUUAUGAUUCCA